AUGUUUGCAUCACUCAACGCCAUCGGUCAUUUCGCGGCGCUCUUCGCAGUCUUUCUAAACGUCACGCCCAUACAUGCCGGCGCAGUCCCUCCCGCUCUAGCAGUUCGCGGUCUCCAAUUUCGCCAGCAAACCCACUUCGUCGUUCAAGGAGUCUUAGGCACCGGCGCGACCCCCUUACGCCGUGAGAUCAACGACCUGGUGAAAGAUGAAGUUCAGUUCUCGCUCUUCAUUCAGGCCCUAGCUGCUCUACAAGCUGAAGAUCAACAGGACGAGCUGUCCUAUUUCCAGCUCGCCGGCAUUCACGGUCUCCCGUUCAUACAAUGGGCCGGCUCCGGACCCUCCGCUCAAAGCCUAAGCGACGGGUGGGGCGGCUAUUGCGUUCACCGGAGCGUCUUGUUCCCAACGUGGCAUCGGCCGUACGGCGUCGUCUUCGAACAGGUGCUUAACAGCAAAGCCGUCGAAAUCGCAGACACCUACAUCGUCGACAAGGAGAAGUUCCAAAGCGCAGCUGAGAGUCUGAGGAGUCCGUACUGGGACUGGGCGGCCAACAUCAUCCCGCCGCCGGAGGUUAUCGAGUUAACGGAAGUCACCAUCAUCAUGCCCAACGGAUCAAAGCAGGCGGUCGAGAACCCUCUGUUCACGUAUCAGUUCCAUCCUAUAUCUCAGGGCUUCGACCAGACCCCCUACGAGAGAUGGAACCGGACACUGCGCUAUCCGACCAGCGACGGCCCGGACGCCAAGACCGACGUCGGGCGCAUGAGGGCGCAACUUGCCUCCAGCCAGAGCAAUGUCCGCACUAGCGCAUACGCCAUGCUCACGCGCGUCAAGAACUGGCAUGACUUCAGCAACACCGGUCUGGGCGGCGACAGGAGCUCUGUGGCUAACAGCUUGGAGGCCAUCCACGAUGGCAUCCACAAUGAUUGCGGCGGCGGCACGCCCGACGGCACGAUUGGUGGCCAUAUGAGCGAUCCGGCAAUCGCUGCGUUUGACCCUAUCUUCUGGCUACACCACACGAACGUUGAUCGCAUGCUUUCGCUUUGGUCCGCCGUCAACCCCGACGUUUGGGUCACCGCGGGUUCCAGUGCGCGUGGUACUUGGGCCAUCGAGAAGAAUGCGACCGUUGACGUUACGACUGACCUUGCGCCGUUCUGGGAUAGCAACACUGGCUACUGGCAAUCAACGAUGGUAGAAUCCACUGAAGCUUUGGGUUACUCCUACCCUGAGUUCGACGGUCUCAACAUGAACGACACAGCAUCCGUACGCAGCUCAAUCGCGAAGCAGAUCAAGUCUCUCUAUGGUGGUGGCGCGUCCCUGAGCUCCAAGCGCGACAUCGAUGUUCGCGCAGCAGACUCUCUUGACUGGACGGCUCGAGUGCAGGUCGAUAAGUACGCGCUUGGUGGAAAGACCUUCAACGUGCUCAUAUUCCUCGGCGACGUGCCAUCUGAUCCCAAGCAAUGGUUCAGCGCCCCGUCGUUCGUUGGGAGAGUUACUGCAUUCGCGUCACCCCUCAUGUACACCGGUCAAGCCGAGCUGAUUGAGGGCUUCGUCGAUUUAAACGCCUUCAUCAAGGAACACUCCGGCCUGAGUCUGUCUGACACUGACGCGGUCCAGGCGUACAUAGACAAGAAUUUGUCGUUCCGCGUGCAGACUUCUGACUCUCAAUCCGUCGACCCCAGCACGCUGCCCUCACUCGAGGUCACCACAACCUCAACGCCGGUUACGGAUGACGCCAGCGCUCUCUCGUCGAGGGCCGACUCGAAGCGCGAACUUAACAUCCGCACCAGCAACGAGUACUUAGACUGGACGGUGCGCGUUGAAGUCGACAAGUUUGCGCUCGGCGGCAAGACGUUCAGCGUGCUCAUCUUCCUCGGGGACGUACCGUCCAACCCCACUCAGUGGCGCAGCGCGACCUCGUUUGUGGGAUCUGUUACGGCCUUUGCUACACCACUGGCCAACACCGGUCAACCCAGUCUGAUCGAGGGCUUCGUUCAUUUGAAUGAGUACAUUGCAAAGCACAGCGGCCUGCAUUCGUACGAUCCCGAUGAGGUCAAACCGUACCUGAAGAGCAACCUAAAGUUCCGCAUCCAGACCGCUACCUAUCAAUCGGUUAGCCCAGGAGAUGUCCCUUCACUAGAAAUCACCGUCGCGUCUUCCCCUGUCUUGGACAGUUUCGACGGUCUGCCAGAGUACGGCGAUGCGCAGUACCAAAUCGACCUUGCGUUGAAGGAUGCCUCGUCGUGA